AUGGAGGUGGUGGAGGCCGCCGCGCAGCUGCAGACGCUCCAGUUCGGCGGCUCCGGCCAGGGCCCCGCCGCGCCGCCGCCCCCUGAGGAGCGCCCGGGCGCUGAGCAGGCCGAGCGCGCCCCGGGCCACGAGGCCGGCGGAAGCCCGCCGCUCCCGGACCGGCCGCCGCCGAGCGAGGGCUGCGCCGCCCAGCCGCCGCCGGGCCUGCAGGCCACGUUCUCGUCGGACUCGGAGUCGGACUCGGACAGUGAAACGGAUUCAGAUAGUUCAAGUUCCUCCUCGUCAUCUUCCUCUUCCUCUUCCUCCUGUGUAUCACUUCCUCCAGUGCUGUCAGAUGGAGAGGAGGAUGUACAAGUUGAGAAGGACAAUAAGAAUUUCCCUCUUAAAACAAAAGAUGAGUUGCUUCUUAAUGAACUACCUUCUGUUGAAGAACUCAAUGUUACUUUGCCUGAAGAUAUUGAGCUGAAGCCUCUUGGAGUGGUUUCAAGCAUUAUUGAACAACUAGUAAUAAUUGAGUCUAUGACUAAUAUACCUCCAGUUAAUGAGGAUACUGUCAUUUUCAAAAGUGAUCGACAAGCAGCAGGAAAGAUAUUUGAGAUAUUUGGACCUGUUGCCCAUCCAUUUUAUGUGUUACGGUUUAAUUCUUCAGAUCACAUUGAGAGUAAAGGUAUCAAAAUAAAGGACACCAUGUAUUUUGCUCCGUCCAUGAAAGACUUCACUCAGUAUAUAUUCACAGAAAAACUCCGACAGGACCGAGGAUCUGAUGCCUCUUGGAAGAAUGAUCAGGAACCACCUCCAGAAGCCUUGGAUUUCAGUGACGACGAAAAAGAAAAAGAAGCCAAACAGAGAAAAAAAUCUCAACUUCAAGGCCGGAAAAAACUCAAAUCCGAAUUGAAUGAGUCAAGUGAAGAUGUUGGUGAAGUGCAUCAGAAUCGGAAUGCUUACGGCUCUCUUUCAGAACAUUCAAAAGGAUAUCACAACAGGGAGUUCCCUCGAGGCUUUCCCAGGGGAAGAUACUCUCGAGGAAGCCACAGCAGGCCCCCACCUCAUCAGUUCUAUAAUUCAGACCACAUGGCAUCUCAAGAGACUCUGGGGUUUCCACCUCAGAGACAAGAUAAUCCCGUCAUGCCCCACUAUCCCUUUCCCCCUCCCAUGUUUGAUAUGCAUAACUUUUCAGUCCCACCCCCGCCCCCGCCCCCGCCCCCGCCCCCACCUCCUUCUUUGAGCAUGGGAUGGGCUGCACCUAACAUGGCCUCUCAUCCUUUGCUUAAUUUACCAUACUCUCUGCCCCCACCACCCCCUCCUCCACCUCCUCCUCCACCUCCCUCUCCUGGGGAGAGUAAUUCUUCACAUUUUGGACCUUACUAUUAGGUCUAUGUUUGUAUAUCAGAGAAAUAUGGACUGUGCAGAUUAUAUGGUAAAGAGUUUUUUAAGGAAAAUCUAUUAUGGAGUUUGAGUUUUUUAAAACAUUGUAAAAUACUAAAUGACUCAGUUGUACGUUCAUAUAUAUUUCAAAUAUAUUUCAGUUGUGAGUUCAUAUACAUUUGUAAUGGUAUUUAUAGGGACAGUUAUCUCAUUCUUGGAGAAGAAUCCAGUUCAUGUAAUAUUUAAGUAAAAUGUUGAAUCAUGUCCUCCACUACCCCACCCGGGAAACAGCAUACAUAGUAAUGGUUAUGAAGCUGGUUGUCAUGACCUCUAAUGUGCUGAGUACUGGUUGUCUUUCUAGUAUAAUCUUAAAGUAACAUGUUGAAGUCCUACUAAGAGUCUUUAAAGCAUUUUUAUAAACUUGACACCCUUGGAAUUGACUACAAGUGUUAAGAAUUCUUUAAAUUUUAUUUCCUUAAGCAAGUUACGAGUGUGUAGGAGAAAGACACCAUUGGAAGAAGCUUUCAGUAGCUGGUUGGUAUUAACUAUACAUUGACAACUUCCACUGUCUAUGUAGAUUUCCAUUACUUAAGCACAUUAUUUAAAAAGCUUUGCUGUUCAAUCACUUACAUUAGGGUGUGCAUUGGUGUAUAUGUGUCUUCUGUGUUUGUUCCCAGGCUUUCCAGUAACAGGCCUAAUAAAUGCCUAUUAAAUUGACAGAGUGAAUUUAGAGUUUUCAAUUAAAUGAGUGUUGUUUGCCAGCAUUGGUGUAAAUGAUGAACAAUUAAUGGUCAUUGGUACUUGAGUAGGCCUUCAGUGUAGUUUAUACACUCCGUUUAUUAACUGAGGAGCCUGACCACCCAGAAGAGGCCGCUUAGCUGUUACUUAGCCAUUACAAUGGCAAGGAGUUGAAUCCAGGUUUCUCUCCUUUCUUAGCACUUUACUUAGUUGGUGCAUCCUAAUCUUUCCUUCCCUGGCAUGCUUAGAAUACUGUGUUUGUACAGCACAUGGGGAACUGUUUGCAUUGAGGUCCCACUUCACUUAAUACAGAAAGAGACAGCUGCAGCAUUUGUGAUAGAUAGGUACAGAGCUCUGCCUUGGCAUACAAGCCUUUACUUAGUCUAGUUUGUAGUGUGUAUUUCUGCUUUGUAGAAUGUUUUGGGUUGAUAGAAUUUAGAAUAAGAUUGUAUUUGGGAUGGAAAGAUGGCCCAGCAGUUAAGACUACAUACUGCUCUUCCACAGAAUUUCACCUUAGUCUGUAGAUAUUUCAGGGCAAACACAUUCCUGCAGCUUUUUUGACAACUCACUUAAAUGUGGAUGAGCUAAGUUUGGGUAUUAGUGGAGAUGAGGUUGUAUCAGUGAGAAAAACUAGCUACAAGUUGUAUAUAUCCUUAGCAUUUCAGGAUGUGUUUUGUAGUCAAAUCUUCGAGGUGAACCAAACUGCUAAUGUGUCUGCUGUAUGGGUGUAUGGGUGAUAUUGGGGAUGGGGCCUAUCAGAUGUGAUUCCUCAUGAAAGAAUCUACUUGUCAGUGGGUGAAUGCUCUGUACUGUGGCUUUUCUACCCCACUGCUUGGAAGAUCUGGGUAAAAGGUACUGGCUUUGGAGAACAAAUGGGCCAACAUCAAACACCAAAGAAUCUGCUGACAUUUUCCAGCCUGCAGAACUAAAAACCUUCAUUUGUAUUGUUUACAAAUUGCCCACUCUAUGGAUUUUGGAGCAGGACACAGACUUAUAGACCAACUGCCUUUUGUAAGAGAGAAAUGGUGCAGGAUUGUCAUCCUCACUUUAAUUGUAGAGCUCAUUUAAAAUCACCUUGGCCCUAAGCUCCAACCUAUAAAGGUAGAUGUGUCUUACUUCAAAUAGAAAACCCUUAAGCAAGCGUUUCUGCACUAAAUCUGAAUACUCAAGGGUUACAACGCAGACAGUUGUUUCUGCAGUCGGCGGUGAAUAAAUGUAGCAUGGAAAUGUUAUUGCUGACACUAAGCUACUAUGUUUGAUUUUUAAAGCUGAAUUCUGUUUUUUCUUUUAGAGAAAAGAUAAUCCAGUUCAUAGUAAUCAGAUGUGUAAUGAAUAGAAAUAGUUAUUGAGGGCUGGAGAAAUUGCUUAGUGGUCAACACUUGCUACAAUUCCAGAGGGUCAGAGUUUGUUUCCCAGAACCCAUGUUUGGCUGCUUGCAACUGACAUAACUACCAGGGUAACGCAUGCCCUCUUCUGGUCUCUUUAGACACCCACAAACAUGGGUUUUAAGCAUAAAUUUUGAAAGAACCAGGGUGAGACUGCCUUUUGAACAUCUGGAAUAAAACAGUUUGAAAAUUCACUGAGGGCUGUGCCUUACUAUAGGCAGUGCACUACUGUAACAGGAUACCACAGGUUGGAUCAAAUUAAAAUGACUGCCUCACAGUUCUGGAGUCCUGGAAGCCCAGUGUCCAAGUUCCAAUACCUAGCAAGGGCCUUCUUCCUACUUUAUCACAUGGUGAAAACAAUUGAGGAAAAUGGGCUAUUUGUUUAUCAUACCACGUUAUUGAAGCAACAGCCCAUUGUCUAAGCCCAUCUUUAAAGAUCCCACUUAACUAUUACUGUUCCAAUAAGAAGCAUGAGUUUGGGAGGGGAAAGCCAGACCACAGCAGAACAUUCUGUAAAAGUGCCGUAAAUACCAAAAUAUGUCUGUUACUAUGUAAUGAGGUGGUUAGUAACAAUCCCUAGUGCUAAAUGGAGAAGGGACAGAGACAGCUAGGAGCAGUGUUUCUUUCCCACUUUUCACUACCCUACUCCUUUAUAUGCUUUGUGCUACCUUUAUGUGUUACUGUUUUUGCUAAUAAAACAUCGUUGAUUAAAAGCUGA